AUGCUUUUCUCUCUUUUUAUGAAAAGUUUUAAGAGGCAUAAUUGUAAAAGGUUUGACAUAUUUGUAACUUAUAAUCAUUACUUUAUAAUUAAAAAAUGGAUUAGUUACACAUCAUAUAAUAAAAUACAUGAGAAAGGAUUGAAUAAUUAUCUUUUCGAAUUGUAUAAAUCUAUAGAAAAUUGUAAUACUGGAAAUUCAUUAUUCAAAUUAACACAUAAAACAUUAACUUAUCAAAUACAUGAUUUAUAUAUAUGGAGAUUAAUAGAAAAAAAAUUUUAUGAUUUACAACAUGAUUUAACCCCUAAAGAAUUAUCAUGUAUAAUAAAUUAUUUUAAACAAAUAAAAAUUAAUGAUAGCAAAAUAUAUGAUAACAGUAUUGAUAUAAUACUUUCUACAAUUGAUAAAUAUUCUAUUCAUGAUUUAUCUAUUAUAUGUUUGUCAUAUACCUAUUUUAAUAAAGUUAAUACAAUUUUUAUGAACAAAAUUGCAGACCAAAUUACUAAAUUGUAUGAACAAGAAAAGGAUAAUAUAAACAAUCUUACCAAAAAAGAAUUAAAAAAUACUUUUAUAUCUUAUGUUCAUAUAAUAGGAUCCUAUGCAAAAAUAAAUCAUAAAAAUAUAGAAAUAUUUAAAAUAGCAUCUUUAUAUAUAAUCGCGGCAUUUAAUGCAGAUAUAAAAAUUUCAUCUAAAAUGUUGAUAAAAACUUUAACAUCGUAUAGCAAUGUAAAAAUUAAGCACACAAAAAUACUCGAUUUAAUCGCAAAACAAGUACCCAUAAUGAAAAUUACGGAUGACGAAUUAAGGAAGAUGAAAAAUAAUUUUGAUCAAUUAAAAUAUUCUAAUGAAACGUUUGAUAAAUAUAUACAAUACAGACUCUUUUAA